UGGAGAGUCGGGGGGAGCAUCGACCAUGGGCGGCGGUGGGGGCGGCGGUAGCACCCUUGGCGGCGGCACCCUGGGCCACGGCACCGCGAUGAGCAGCAGCACGGUCGGCAUGGGCCCUCUCCCCGGCACCCUGAUGCAUGGCGCCUCCGGCGGAGGCGUGGGCGGCGGCAAUCCCGGCAACGUUUACGGCAAUGGCAACAACGGAGUGGUCGGCCAGAAUACCGCUCCCGGCUCCGUGAUCGACUCGCGGGCCGUGUCCGUGGUGGUCACGCUGCCCGGCGGCCCGGGUGCCCAGCAUCCGGGCCAGGCGCUCAGCGACUACGGUCCCAUAUAGUUAAUGGUACGCCCGGACACCGCGCACUGGGUUUCGACCAGCAGUUUUAGCCAGCUGUAGCCGCUCAAGUUGGUCGACUCGCACGCCCGGCCUCUGUCUCACUCGCACUUCUAGGCUCUCACUCGCACACUCCAUCCCCAUCUCGCUCGCUCCCGCUUUUUGGUUAGGGCCCUCUUAGCAAAGGUUUUCAAGAAAUGCCAUAUUAAUUCGAGUAGCCGUAGUUUGAUUGUUGAGUGGAAAGCGCAACAAGAGCAGCUCGUUGUCCCAAUACCCAUCGAUUUGGCGGAAUCAGGAAUCACACUAUUACGUUUUCUGAAUUAGCAUUUAUUUUCAUGAAACUUUUCGAAUCUUGGAAAUUAGUUGCACCACAACUUUUACUAAGCAUUUAAUUCCAAUCCAAUUAAUUUGUAACACUUAAAGAAAUUGUGAUCUUCUGUACUAUACCUAUAAUUUUUAGCCUAACUAGGUCCAAAUUUAUUUCAAUUCCGCCAAAUUGCUUCUGAGUUGAAAAUGGAAAUAACAAUAAGCAUUGAGAUGUGUUAGGCAACCAAUCUGCAUACAAGAUUCUAGUCCAAAAAAACCUUUGUCUUCAAAAGCAGAUGAGCAAAGAGCUUGGGCGUAGCGAAAGGCUACUAGCCACAGUUAAAAUUAUAGAUCGAAUCCAGUUGAAGCGCGUUUGUUCUACCUGCCAUUUACUGAUUUCCUAUCUGAAUAUUCAUAUUGCCACCUUUUCUGUUGUUAAUCCCUUCCACAAACACUUUCCUCAACGAAAUAGACUGAGAAACGCAAAAACCAAUUAAUUAACCGCCACGUAGAGCACUCGGGGUAAAGUAGCGAGCGGAAUCUGCCCACACUGCCAAGUCAGAGCCACGAGCCAUAUUUCGAAAUUACAACUAACUUUUAAUCAAACUAACUACACUAUUAACCUUAACCUAACGUAAACACUUAACAUUACGAACGCAUACAAAAAUUAAAUAAAAAAGAAAAAGAAAAUGAAACACUUCGAAUGCCCAUAGAAAGUUAGUUGCGAUUUUAGGGUUGUCGCAUUAUCAAAGAACAGGCACUCAGUGUUGCCAGAUACCAUUUGUAAAUUAUUUAACGUAAUCUAAGGCAUUAUCCAACACUAAGUUUUGUACAUAUUUUCAAACCGCGCGUAGUUCAUAAACGUAUUUUUUUGUUCGGAGAUGUGAAAUUCCCCGAAACUAAAGUAUAAUAUAGUAACAUGCAUUUCAGCAUCAAAAGCAACUCUGCAUUAAGCUCAAAAAUUGAAUUUAGUUUUUACACAAAACCCAAAAAGAGAAAUUCUACCAUUCAAGUAAAUGAUUAAAUGAAAAUUGCCAACUUUUGCAGCCGAAGCAGGGCAUUUCUUUGCAUUUAUAAAAGAAGCAAAAACAAAAAUUGUAUAAAGCUAAAACUUUUAUAUAAGAGUAUUAAAUUAAAUGUAACCUUAGUUGUAGACAAAAUCGAAGAGAAGGGCAAGCAAAAGCAAAACGAAAUAUCUAUCAAGAAUUAAACACUAUUGUAUUUAAAUUUAAUAUUUAUAUUACAUGGUAAAAGCAACAAUUUAACUGUUAGCAAUUCAAACCAUUUCACAUACGAAACAAAAAGGAAGGGAUGAAAUUAUAUUAUAAAUUAUAUAAUAUAGCAACUAUGUGUGUAAUGUUUUUUAGCAACUAUAACUACUUCUAUUUACAAAACAAAAACAUGCUAAAGCUGUAAUAAAACAAUAUACAAAAUA